GGCGCGGGCGCGGGCGCGGCGUCGGACGCGGCGCUGGCGGCGCUGCUGGACGACGCGGAGCCCGAGGACGCGGACGCCGAGCGCCGCGUGCGCCGCCUGGCCGAGCGCCUGGCGCGCCUCGACGCGCUCAACGUGGCCGGCAUGCUGGCCGCGGCCACCGAGGGCGGCGGCGCGCGCCUGGCCGAGCGCCUCGAAGCGGGCGGCGCGGCGGGCGGCGCGCUGGCGGCGCGGCAGGCGCGCCUGGAGGCGCUGACGCGCGCGGCGCCCGCGGCGCUCUCCGCGCGCUCGGGCGCGGCGCGCGCGGACGCGGCGGCGCGCGCGCUGCUGGCCGAGCUGGCCGACGUGUUCGCGUGGCUGGACCGGCCCGAGCUGCGCGACCCGGACGCGCUGGGCGAGGUGUCGCUGGCCAGCGAGGAGGGCCGCGCGCGCGCGCUGGCGGCGGCCGAGGCGCUGCGCGGCGCGCUGGAGGCGGGCGCGCGCGCGGGCGAGGCGCGUCUGCGCCUGCGCGCCGUGCGCGAGCGGCUGCGGCGCCUGGCGCGCGCGCGCGACGCGCUGGCGGCGGCGCUGGCGCGGCAGCUCAACAACGCGCUCAUCCACCUCGGCAACGAGGCGUCGGCGGCGCCGCGCCGCGCCGCGCACCACGCCGAGCUGCUGCCCUACGCGCCCUUCAUGCGCUGGCUCAAGUGCUGCGACGACAAGGCGUACGCGGCGCUGGUGCGCGUGUACUGCGCGGCGUGGGCGCGCGUGCACGAGCGCGAGGUGCGCGCGGCCACCGAGCACGCGCGCGCCGAGUUGGCGCACGCGCCGCCCGAGCGCGUGGACGCGUUGCUGGACGAAGUGCUCACGUUCGUGGAGAGCGUGUGCAACGCUGAGCAGGACUUCUGCACGCAGUUUUUCUGCUUGGACGUUGACGUCAAGGCCGCGGACGGGGAGGGCGCGGGCGGGGAGGGCGCGGAGGGGCGGCGCGCGUCGGGCGCGGCGCGGCGGCUGAUGGGCGAGCUGUUCCCGACGCUGGAGCAGGAGCUGGUGGCGCUGGUGCAGCACAUCGAGCGCCACGAGCCCUACGGCGCCAUGCGGGCGCUCGCGUGCGCGGGGCGGCGCGUGCUGCGCGGCGGCGAGGCCGAGCCGGAGGCGGGCGCGGCGGGCGAGGCGCGGUGGGCGCGCGCGGCGCUGGCGGCGGUGGCGGUGGCGGCCAAGCGCGGCGCCGACCGCGCGGUGGCCGAGCGCCUGGCCGCGCUGCCCGACGCGGUGAAGCAGGCGGCGCGCAGGCCCAAGUGCGGCGUGCUGGGCUUCAUCCCGGAGCUGGAGCGCAUGGGCGCGGCGUGCGAGGCCAUCUUCGCGGGCGGGCGGCGCGCCGACCUGGAGCGCUGGUACGUGGCGCUGGGCGCGGCGCAGCUGCGCGCCAUCCAGCACGCCGCGCACCCGCGCACGCCGCGCGCCGUGCUGCAGCUGGAGAACUACCACCGCCUGUGCGCGUGCGCCAGCGCGCUGCGCGUGCCCGCGCUCGAGCCGCUGCGGCGCGAGGCGCGCGCGCGCUACCACGACGCGCUGCGCACCUACGUCACGCAGCAGUUCGGCCGCCCGCUCGAGAAGCUGGCCACGUUCUUCGAGGGCGUGGCCGAGGCCGUGGCGGCCGGCGUGCGCGAGGACGAGGUGUGCUUCCGCGCCGCCUACAGCAAGCACGAGCUGCGGCGCGUGCUGGCGCUGUACCCGGCGCGCGAGGUGCGGCGCUCGCUGCACCGCCUCUACCGCACCGUGGAGAAGCACCUCAGCGACGAGGGCGGCCUGCUGCAGGUGGUGUGGCGCGCCAUGCAGGAGGAGUUCAUCGCGCAGCACGUGGCGCUGCAGGCGCGCAUCGCGGCGUGCUACCCGGGCGCCGGGCUGGCGCUGCCGCUCACCACGCAGGACAUCCUGGACGCGUUCUCCGACAUCGCGCGCGAGCACUAGCGCGCCCCGGCUCGCCGCGCCCCGCUCUCGCGCGAGGGAGAGAGGGCACUGGGUUUGUUUAUAAUUUCGAAACUUCAAUUUUCAUUUUCGCGUUAAAACUGAGCCUAUAAAUAUAUUCAAA